UUUGGUGAGCAGCAGAGGCCUUCCUGUUCCGGACGGUCAGCUGACUCCGCUGCUGCGGUCAGGAGACCUCACGAACUGCAACUAUGGCAAUUAUUAACCCUUAGAGUCGCCAUAAACAGCUUUAUUUGCACUGCUAACGGGCACAUCCUUACUAAACAGUUUUCUCCAGCUGCACACGUGCUGUAACCAUGACAGAGUUUUGGUUGAUCUCUGCCCCGGGAGAGAAGACUUGCCAGCAAACAUGGGAGAAAAUGAUGGCAGCCACCACUCGAACCAACAACAUCUCCACCAACCACAAGUUCAACAUUCCAGAGCUGAAGGUGGGGACACUAGAUGUCUUGGUUGGUUUGUCCGAUGAACUGGCCAAGCUGGACUCCUUUGUUGAAGGUGUGGUGAAGAAGGUGGCUCAGUACAUGGCUGACGUGCUGGAAGACACCCGAGAUAAAGUACAGGAGAACCUAUUGGCCAAUGGAGUUGACCUUGUCACCUAUAUCACAAGAUUUCAAUGGGACAUGGCAAAAUAUCCAAUCAAACAGUCCCUUAAAAACAUCUCUGAAAUUAUUUCAAAGCAAUUAAGCCAAAUUGACAAUGACUUGAAGACCAGAGCAUCUGCUUAUAAUAACCUGAAAGGAAACCUGCAGAAUCUAGAAAGGAAGAAUGUGGGGAGCCUGCUGACCAGGAGCCUGGCCGACAUUGUGAAGAAAGAUGACUUUGUACUAGAGUCAGAGUACCUCAUUACUCUGCUGGUAGUUGUACCAAAGAAUGCAUACAAUGAGUGGCAGAAAACGUAUGAAACACUUGCUGAGAUGGUGGUGCCGCGAUCCUCACAUCUGCUGUUUGAAGACUAUGACAGUGGACUGUUCAGCGUCACACUGUUUAGGAAAGCCGUCGAUGACUUCAAGCACAGUGCCAGAGAGAACAAGUUCAUGGUGAGAGAUUUCCAGUACAGAGAGGAGAUGAAGGCUGACAAAGAGGAAAUGACACGGCUCUCCACAGACAAAAGAAGCAGUUUUGGCCCUCUUGUUCGAUGGCUGAAAGUAAACUUCAGUGAAGCCUUCAUAGCGUGGAUCCAUAUUAAAGCGCUACGGGUCUUUGUGGAAUCCGUUUUAAGAUACGGGCUGCCAGUGAACUUUCAGGCCAUGCUUCUGCAGCCAAACAAGAAGACCAUGAAGAAGUUGAGAGAGGUGCUCAAUGAGCUGUACAAACAUCUGGACAGCAGCGCAGCCGCAAUUAUUGAUUCGGCCAUGGACAUCCCCGGCUUAAACCUGAGCCAGCAGGAGUAUUAUCCUUACGUCUACUACAAGAUCGACUGCAACCUCUUGGACUUAAAAGUUUAAGACUUGUGUUCGUCUUAUGUUGUGUGUGUGAAUUAAGUUAUGUUUUUCCCAGCAAGCAUCCUCUGCACCCCUUUAUUCCGACUGUUCAUCUCCUCAGCGUCGCCUAUCCCCAUCAGCUGCUCCAGUGAAAACACUGCAUGUUCAUUCCUGGUGGUACAGAGAUCAACAACUCGCUGCCAAUAUCAGAAAAGAGACAAAAAGUCACCUUAGGUGUUUUACAUUUAUUUCCUUGCAAAUAAUUAGAUUUUUGAUGUGAAUAAUGAAAUUAUAAUUUUGCUUUUAUGUGCAAAAGUCAACUUAGUGUUUUACAUUUCUUUCUUUGCACCACACACACACAGACAAUUUGAUUUUUGAUGUGAAAAAUUAAAUCAUUUUUGCUUUUCCGUGCUGGUGUGUGUUAAUGGUGAUUUCUUCUGUGUUGGUGUUUACAAACAGCACUGUUGUCACAGCGCCCAUGCCAGUCAGAUCUGAUAAUGUGUUUCUGACAUUGUGGGUCACAUUGGAAGUAUUGUGCAACAAAGAUACAAUAUGUGUGUGUUGUUGUUUCAGGUUGUGUUAUUUGCUGUUAAGAGAUCUAUGAGUAUAGUGUGAGACGCUGAUUAAGUAUAUCUGAUUAAUAAAUCAAAUUGUAAGUGAAUGAUUAAUAAAUAUGAAUGUAAUGAA